AUGCACAUCGGUCUGGCAGCCAAGCAAACCGGUCCACAAGAAGUAGAGAUUGGCUACUCCAUCUCCGACGGUGUGUACUCGAUCGACUACGCAGUACACAAGGUCGACAUAUCAACCGUCGACGACGUCCCGCACACUAUCGCCUUCGCUGUCUUGGAAGGCAUCAUGGCCUUCUCCGGUAGGCAUAUGGUCAAGUUCGUAUGUGCAGGCGUCGGGUCCAAGCUCGUGGGUAUAUGCCCACGUCUACCCAGUCUCCUGUGGAGCAAGCUCGACAUCAUCCCCUAUGUCAUGCCUGCGGGCGAGUUCGACUACGACGCACCUGUUGACGAGCUCGCGGAUAGCAUGGUUCGCAAAGCUACCAUGUGGAUCGGACCCCAGGAGAUGCCGCGACUCGAUAUCGCCGGCCGGAACGUGGUCAACGUCGAUGGUGGUGGGAUCAAACUCUGUGAUUUACAAGACUAUGAGCGGAGCGUGGGAGAGCCCGUUUGGCGGGCUGUUAGCACGCUGUGUCAGGAGCUGAAGGAGCGUCAGGUCAAAGUCCGGUUCUUCAGUGCGACACCCCAAGGUGGUGGAGUCGCGUUAAUGCGUCAUGCGCUCGUCCGUUUCUUCCGUCUUAUGGGUGUUGACUGCCAGUGGUUCGUGCCCAAGCCCAAUCCCGCAGUAUUCCGCGUCACCAAGACCAAUCACAACAUCCUCCAAGGCGUGGCCGAACCCAACAAGCGCCUAGGAGAGGAGGACAAGCACCAAUGGGACCAGUGGAUCCAGAGCAAUGCCGACCGGUACUGGUUCAGGAAAGGUGGUCCAUUGGCCGACGGAGGCGCGGAUGUGGUAAUAAUUGAUGAUCCUCAGAUGAUCGGCCUUAUCCCGAUGAUCAAGGAGCGCCACCCGACCUUGCCAGUCAUCUAUCGUUCACACAUAGAGAUCCGCAGCGACCUCACCAAGAUCGAAGGCUCGCCGCAGCAGGGUGUAUGGCAGUUCCUCUGGAAGCACAUCAAGCCGGCAGACCUGUUCAUCGCCCACCCCGUGGCAGGCUUUAUCCCGACAGAAGUCAACAUCAAGGAUGUAGGUCUCAUGCCGGCAACAACAGACUGGCUCGACGGGCUUAACAAGCCUAUCGCUCAAUGGGACACGCAGUACUACUUCCGCCAGUUCGCAAACGGAUGUCUCUCUGAUCGGAUGACAAAUCUCGCAUUCCCGAGUAGGGGCUACAUCUGCCAGGUGGCCCGGUUCGACCCUUCUAAAGGUAUUCCCGAUGUACUCGACUCGUAUGCCAAGCUGCGGCAGAGACUGGAGGAAGAGGGCGUCGCACGGGAAAACACACCCCAACUCCUUAUCUGCGGUCACGGCGCUAUCGACGACCCCGACGGCACCUUCAUCUAUGACGAGACAUGCCAGGCUAUCAACACCGAUGGUCUGCGUCAGUACAAGAACGACAUUAUCGUCAUGCGUCUCGGGCCGAGUGACCAGAUCCUCAACGUCCUCCUCUCCAACUCCCGCAUCGCCCUCCAGCUUUCGCACCGCGAAGGCUUCGAAGUCAAGGUGUCCGAAGCGCUACACAAGAACAUUCCUACAGUCGCGUACGCUUCGGGCGGGAUCCCGCUCCAGAUUAGGCACGGGCACAAUGGCUUCCUUGUCAAGACGGGCGAUACGGCCAUGGUCGCUCAACAUCUGUACGACCUGUGGAUGAACACGGACGGGAUCUACGAGAAGCUCCAAGCGCACACGGACGUCGUCGUUUCCGACGAAGUGAGCACAGUGGGGAACGCCACCUGCUGGGCGUAUCUCGCCGGCGUGCUGAGCAAAGGCGAAAAGCUGCAACCGAACGGGCGGUGGAUUUACGACAUGGCGCGGGAAGCUGCUGGUGUGCCGGUUGAGAAGGAGGAGCAGGUUCUCCCCCGCAAGGCGCUCCAUCUAGACAUCUGA